AUGGACCAUAGACCGAAUCUCUACGCCUCUAUAUGCAUCACUCUACCACUUGCGGCGAUUGUGCUGGCACUGCGGCUUCUUGCCCGACGGACGACGAGAGCGAGUUAUGGGAUUGAUGAUUGGUUGGCUGUUGUGGCAUUUGUACGUUGCUUUGCUUUUCAGCCUCUUGUCUGCAAUGCGACCGCUGACACAGGCUUUCUUCAGAUUGGAGCACUUGGUUACUCCGUCGACAACUUAGUCUAUGCUAUAGGCUUUGGACUUGGCCAACCACUCGAAAAUGGACCCUCGCACCUCACCGAAGACGAACGACUCGAACGAUCCUAUCUCCUGAUCUGGCUCAGUAGCCUCACGUAUACCAUCGCCAUUGCCGGUGCAAAGUUUGCCAUCCUCACCUUCUACUGGCGUCUCUUCAAAUACUCCAGCACACGAAUUGCGAUUCAAAUCGUUGCUAUCAUAUGCGUCAUGUGGCUGCUGGUCCGCAUAUUCCUCUUGACUCUCCAAUGCUUGCCGACUUCAGCCUACUGGGACAUCGACCGCAGAGCCACUCACUGCCAUGUCAACAAUACCAUCUAUUUCUUCUCCACCAGCCUUACGCACGCGGCUCUUGAUGUCAUAAUUCUCGUUCUUCCUGUUAUUGAAGUAGUCAAAAUGCAUCUCCCUACGGGCCAGAAGAUUGCUGUUAUCGCUUUGUUUGGCUUUGGUACUCUUGUCUGCAUCCUCACAAUAUUGGUGAUUCAAGAUGCCUUCAAAUUCGACGGCAGUUCGAGAGAGGUGGCCCUCAGGAUGGCCAAACAUGGAGCUCUAGCCUCCGCCGAGUGCAACCUUGCCAAUGUUUCGGUUUCCUUGCCGAUGCUACGACCUGUUUUUCGCAGAGUUAUCCCAGCCUCAUUCCUCGCCUCUCAUAGAAGUAAGCGAGCGGUUGUUGACUCUGUGCUAGCCCCGAGCUACGGUAUCAAGAGUAGUCGCGGGACCAAGACAUCCCAGCAGAAUGGCUCGAGCUCCCUCUGUGAGCUUGCCAUAACCGACGACAUUCCACCUGGUUAUGAUAUCGAAGCUUCGCACGCUGGGUGGAGUUAUGGGACAGAAAUAAGCAUUUUUAGUCCGUUCAGAAAUCAGACGCCUCCGGAGGCGGUCAAUGAGGGACUGGACGGUAUACAAAUAGAGGAGGAAACGACGGUUCACGUACAACAACUCGGCUGA